CCUGACUUUUUGAGAACCAGCUCAGGCAGGUUCUGACACAAGCAGCAUAACUGAGUUCGACUCUUCUAAAAGAGCUUUGAGUCAUGGGUCGAACUAUCCUUUAUGUGAAUGGAUUUCAUCCGAAUACACGAGCUCGGGAUCUGGCAUGGGCUUUCGAGAGAUAUGGCCGACUCGUCAGGUGCGAUAUCCCCGCUACGCACAAUCCGCAAGCCAAGCCAUACUCUUUUGUUGAAUUCCGAUACGAAGAGGAUGCCGAGGACGCUUACAAGUAUAUGCAUCACAAGGUGAUCGAUGGAUAUGAGAUCUCGGUACAAUGGGCCAAAAAGACUCCGAGCCGAGAUUGGCGUUACGAACAAUCUGAAAGCCUUCGUUCUCGACGAGAAGAGCAUUAUCGGUCGCGCGAGGGGGACAGGAAGCAUGAUUGUCGCCAGAGGUCUCGAUCUCCGAGAGGUGGUGAUGGCGGGAGGAGCCAUAGUCACGACGAGAGAGCGUCUCGAAGUCACGGCGAAAGGGAAUCUCGAGGUCAUGACGAAAGGGGAUCUCGAAGAGACAGGGAGAGGGAUUCUCGGGAGCUCGAAGAAGAAGAUUAUCAGCAUGGCAGAUCUCGUCCACUUACGAACGGCCACGAGCAUCUAUCAAGUCCCGGUCCUUCUCCUCGACACCAAACUGAACCGAGCAUGAGAGGCCAGUCUCCACAUCCUCAGGAUUACCAGCAUGACGACCCGAUGGACGGUACUGAACGAUGAAGAUACGGACGAAUCCGAAACUUCGACGAUAUAUCAUACAUUAAG